AUGCCCCGCGGCUUCCUGGUGAAGCGCAGCAAGAAGUCCACCCCGGUGUCCUACCGGGUCCGCGGCGGCGAGGACGGCGACCACGCCGCCGCCGCCGCCGCCGCCGCGGAGCCGCCCGCCAAGGCAGCCAAGGCCCCAGGUGUCAAGAAGCCCAAGGCCAUCCGCAAGCUGCAUUUCGAGGAUGAGGUGACCACGUCGCCCGUGCUGGGGCUCAAGAUCAAAGAGGGCCCGGUGGAGGCGCCGCGGGGCCGCUCAGGGGGCGCGGCGCGGCCGCUGGGCGAGUUCAUCUGCCAGCUGUGCAAGGAGGAGUACGCCGACCCGUUCUCGUUGGCGCAGCACAAGUGCUCGCGCAUCGUGCGCGUGGAGUACCGCUGCCCCGAGUGCGCCAAGGUCUUCAGCUGCCCGGCUAACCUGGCCUCGCACCGCCGCUGGCAUAAACCGCGGCCCGCGCCCGCCACCGCCCGCGCGCCGGAGCCCGAAGCCGCUGCCAGGGCUGAGGCACGGGAGGCGACGGGCGGCGGCAGCGACCGCGACACGCCGAGCCCCGGCGGCGUGUCGGAGUCGGGCUCCGAGGACGGGCUCUACGAGUGCCACCACUGCGCCAAGAAGUUCCGCCGCCAGGCCUAUCUGCGCAAGCACCUUCUGGCGCACCACCAGGCACUACAGGCCAAGGGCUCGCCACCCGCGCCCCCGGCGGAGGACCUGCUGGCCUUGUACUCCGGGUCCGACGAUAAGGCGCCCCAGGAAGCGGCCGGCGACGGUGAGGCGGCUGGCAUGUUGGGCCUGAGUGCGCCCGCCGAGUGCCACCUGUGCCCGGUGUGCGGGGAGACGUUCCCCAGCAAGGGCUCCCAGGAGCGCCACCUGCGCCUGCUGCACGCCGCCCAGGUGUUCCCCUGCAAGUACUGCCCGGCCACUUUCUACAGCUCGCCGGGCCUCACGCGGCAUAUCAACAAGUGCCACCCGUCCGAGAACAGACAGGUGAUCCUCCUGCAGGUGCCUGUGCGUCCGGCCUGCUAG